AAAAUAUUAGGCCGAGUGGCUGACUGACCAAGCAGCGAGGGAGAGGCCGAGUACGUUGCAGAGACUCUUGCAAGGAAUAUAAAAAUCAAAUGGAAAAUGGGAUCUAGAGAACUAGUUCAAACUUAGGAAAUGGAAAGACUGCAGCACCAAUGAAGUCAAAAGCCGCGGGCAUUCAUAUAAUGCACUUCUCCAUUUUAAUUCCUUCCCCAAAGCUUCUUAUUUCUUGGGUUUCCCUCUAAACUCCUAAACCCUCUUCUAGAUUACCCCAAAUUUUGAAGACCUCACUUUCCAAUUAAUCACAACUUGGUACAUGAAGUUCCCAAUUCCCUGCACAAAUUGCUUCCGCUCCUCACCUGGAGAAGCCCCUCAAAGACUGAGGCAAGAUGGUCAAGAUCAAGAAAAUUUCAGAAUUUUCUCUUGCAAGGAGUUGAAAUCUGCCACUAAUGGCUUCCAUGCCUCAAACAAGCUUGGAGAAGGUGGCUUUGGCUCUGUUUAUAAGGGUAAGCUUAAGGAUGGUACUCUCGUCGCUAUAAAGGUGCUCUCCAUCGAACUUGAAUCGAUGCGAGGAGAGAGGGAGUUCAUAGCUGAAUUGGCUGCACUUUCUGUAAUCAGUCAUGAAAAUCUUGUUAAACUUAAAGGGUGUUGUGUUGAUGGAGCUGCCAGAUAUUUGGUCUGUGAUUACAUGAAAAACAAUAGCCUUACACACACUUUAUUAGGUGGAGAGCAAAACAGGAUGAAAUUUAGUUGGGAUGCAAGGAGGAGCGUUGCAUUAGGAGUAGCUCGCGGACUUGCCUAUCUGCAUUUCGAGGUUGAACCUCAUAUUCUGCACCGAGACAUUAAGCCGAGUAACAUACUUCUUGAUGAAAACUUCAUGCCAAAGGUUGGAGAUUUCGGCUUAUCAAAGCUGUUGAGAGAAAACCAUUCUCAUAUCAGUACACGGGUUGCUGGGACAAUGGGUUAUCUUGCUCCAGAAUACGCUAUUAGCGGGCACUUGACUCGAAAAUCAGAUGUUUACAGCUUUGGAGUUCUGCUGUUGGAGAUUGUCAGCGGCCGUGCAAUUGUGGAUUUUGAUAUGCAACUUGGGGAGCAAUUCCUGGUUCAGAAGGCAUGGGAAUCAUACAAGGCCGACAACCUCCUGCAAUUAGUUGAUCCUAUACUUCAAAUGAACUUCCCCAAAGAUGAAGCACUCCGAUUCUUAAAAGUAGGCCUUCUUUGUGUGCAAGAAAUGGCAAGACUCCGGCCACGAAUGACAAGGACUGUUGAGAUGUUGGCGGGUGAGAUUGACAUGAAAAAUUAUCAGAUUUCACAACCUGGACUUGUUUCUGAUUUCACAAACAUCAAAAUGGGUCAGCAUCAGUCAGGUGAUCAUAGCACUUUCUCCAGGGUCUCCGCAGCUAGUACCACACAAACCCGCUUUUCAUCUGAGGAGUUCGGGUUAUCCUCGUAAAGAUUAUGCGUGGUUUUUUUUUUCCUUUGCACAAGCUGUCCCAGGAAAGGUUAUUUCAGCCAACAGAUCAGAUUGUUCUAUUCGUUGGACAUCUUUCAGUAUAUAAGAUCAUCCAAAUCCAAUUAGAGAAGUCACAUUGAUAAUCUAACUCAACACCACCAUUUUUCUUUUGGCUUUACAUUGUUUGAUAAGUUUUGGAAUGAGGAGGUCAUUCACUUUGUUUCUUGCUGUUGUUGAUAGUAUUUUGCAAAAUACAAGUGUACAAAUUAUCUCCAAUGAACUAAUAUUGAAGUUUCUUUAA